AUGGAACAAAAUCUGCCGGUGAUAGCGAAGAGAAUAUGGGGAAUAGUACGGGUGGUGUACUUCAUGCUGAGAAAAGGCAUAACCUCAAAGAGAAAGCUCCUCCUCGACCUCAACAUGAUCAUGAAGCGCGGCAAGCUCGCCAGCAAAGCCGCCCUCUCCAACCUCAUGACCUUCCACGUCAGCUCCUCCUCAUUCCGCCGCUCCUCUUCCGCCGCCGACCUCUCCGCCCUCCCCGUCGGCGAGUACGAGUUCAGCUGCAGCAACACUCCCAACUACGGCCCCUUCCACCUCAUCUCCAAGAACGGCCACCACCACCGCCGCCAUGCGCACCACUUCUUCGCUUGCGCCCACGCGCCGCCUACCCACGACGACGACGUCGCUGCAGCUAAUGCCAUCAAGGCCGUCUUGGAGAUCAUCAACAACAACGACCAGUCUCUCGCCGCCGCCGUCGAGGCCUCCCCGGCGCUCCCAGGCUUCGGACUCAGCCCCGCCGUGGUCCGCCAGCUGAGGAUAACCGACUCGCCGUUCCCGCUGAGGGAGUCCGACGACGUCGACAGCCGCCAAGUCGACGAGGCCGCCGAGGAGUUCAUUAAGAGGUUUUACAAGGAUCUGAAGCAGCAGAGGAGGAACAUGGCUGAUUAA